AUGAACUCAAUCCGCCAGGUGCAGGCGCUCAAUAAGCGUGAGCUGGAAAAUGCUAUACCACCUGAGGCCUCAUGGCAUGCGGACUACCGUGACACAGCGUAUAUCUACAUCGGCGGACUUCCCUUCGAUAUGACAGAGGGCGAUAUCAUCACAAUCUUCUCUCAGUACGGAGAGCCGGUUUUUGUCAAGCUGAUCCGCGACAAGGAAACGGGCAAGAGCAAAGGCUUUGCGUUUCUCAAAUAUGAAGAUCAGCGCAGCACUGAUCUUGCGGUGGACAACCUGGGCGGUGCAACGGUUCUAGGCCGUAUGCUGCGAGUCGAUCAUACCCGAUACAAGCGACGCGAAGACGAGGAAGAAGAGGAUAACGUCGCAAAGCUGAUGGGUGAUGCGACAGUCAGUGAGAAUAAGCCUAGCGACCAACAUGCAGUAUCUGGCAAGACAGAGCGCGAGGAGAAACGGCCCUUACUAAAGGAAGAGAGGGAAUUGCAGGAGAUGAUUUUGAACCAUGACGACGAAGAUCCAAUGAAGGAGUUCCUUAUUGAAGAAAAGAAGGAAGAGGUUGCACGUGCAAUCGAGAGAUACAGCAACAGUGAGAAAAAGUCAUCCCGACGCCGGGACGAUAGCAGAGAGCGGUCAAGUCGGCACAGUCGUCGGCACCGUUCUCGCGAGCGCGAGCGAAGACACCGAGACGAUCGUUCUCCUGGUCGAGAGAGGACCACCCGGCGGCGCUCGACAGAUCGUGAAAGAAGAUCCCAAAGAGACCGAACCCCGGUUGGUUCUCGCGAUCGCGAUCACGAUGAUCGCUCGCCCGCUUAUGAGAGAAGACCGAGGCGUCGGUCACAAGAUAGGUCUAGGAGAGAACGGACGCCAGUGAGAUCACGUUCGCCAGAGUCACGGAGAUACCGAAGUGACCGACACCGAGACCAUCGUCGCUGA